UAAUAGAAAUGGGGAAGUAAACAAACGAACCAUGUGCCAUUUAAAGUAAUUAUAGAUCUACACUCAAAUAGUGAUUAUAAUGGCUAAAUUAAUUGAUUUCUUUUGUUUCCUUUUAUUAAACUAUAGUGGUAAAAUACAAGGACAGAAAUAUUUAUCAGUAAACGGAACAAACCUGAUGUUGAAUGGCGAAAAGGUGUUUUUAUCAGGAAUGAACCAAGCUUGGUACAAAUAUGGGAGCGAUUUCGGAAACAAAAGUUACAUAAAUUCGAAACCACAUCUUAUUCAUACCUUAGAUGCAUUGAAAGAGAAUGGCGGAAACUCGAUAAGAAUGUGGGUUCAUACGUCUGGUGGAAACACGCCAGCAUUUAACGCAACAGGUCACGUGACGGGACCAGGGCCAAAUACAACACGUGACUUGCUCGAUUUUGUUCGUGAAGCUCAGAGCAGAAACAUUCUUGUAACUUUUUCAUUAUGGAACGCUGCCGCUCUUUCAUCAGGGUCGCCAUUGAUGGGGUUACUAAAAGACGAGUCUAUUUUACAGUCUUACAUCACGAACGCUCUGGUUCCCAUUGUGCGUGCGCUGAAGCCACAAAGAGGACUGGCUAUUUGGGAGAUAAUUAACGAACCGGAGGGAUCCAUGCUAAUGGAAAAAGAAGACAAAACAGAACCUUGUUUCGAUACAUCAACGAUACAUCUGUUAGACUUUGCUGACUGGACAAAACAAAGCAUUCCACUGAAAAACUUUCUUAGAUUUAUUGGACUCCAGGCUAGUGCAAUACACAGCGAAGACACAAAGGCUCUGGUCACAGUAGGGUCUUGGACCUACAAGUCAAUUACAAACGCUCUAGACCGGCGGAACUUCUACUCGGACCACUGUCUGCAGCUAGCGAGUGAUGGACAACAGGGAGCCCAUCUGGACCUUUAUCAAAUACACACAUACGAUACGUUGUUUAUAUACCUACCUCACGAUCCAUUUAUGGUUAAUGCAGACGUUUAUAAACUGAAUAAACCUGUUAUAAUUGGUGAAUUUAGUCAAAAGAAAGGAGGCAUGAUGACGUCACCUGAACAAUUUACAUGGGCUUAUAACCACGGGUAUAGUGGGGCGUGGUCAUGGAGCGCAAUAGAUUCAGAUUCCGCUGCAGACACAUUAGCCGUCCAAGAGACUGGUUUACGUUCGUUAAAAGACAAAAACGACCAGUCUAAAGGUGGGCGUGUCAAUAUAAUCAUACAGGAAAAGGAAGUGACGAAAACGUUGCUAUAUAUAGCAUUUGGAUAUAUUGCAUUGACGUUAGAUAUUAUAUUUUGUCUUUAACUCUUUUUAUUUAUGAUGAUAAAAUUUUAGAUAUUUUAAGAAAAAAUAUAAAUGCGCUGAUACUGAUUUUUUUUAAAUUAAAUAUUUUUA